AAAAAGAUCACAACAGUUUGUGUAGUAUCUUAUAUUGAAGAUUCAGAAGAAGAUCUCUCUUAGUUAUGGCUAUGUCCAAAGUAGAAGAAGAAGAGACAGAGAGGCUUGUUAUGGGCACUACAAAAGUGGUGUACUACCUAGAACCAUUGAUGUCAAAAGAGCUUCUCUGCAAAUCCCCUGACAAGUCAUCGGCUUCCGACUUCGACUACGCGCAGAGCUCAAUAUGGUCCCCUUUGGUCCCUCGGGCUUACAGUACCAUGGACUUGGAUUCUGAUUUUGAAGAUUUGGAUUUCAUGACACCCACAAAUAGAAAGAUCUCAUCUGGUGGUGGUGCUAUGGUGUUGAGCAACAAAACCAAGUUGAGGAAAGUCACUUACAACAUCAAGAAGAAGCUCAACAUCAAUCUUAAUCUUAAUGUUUUGAAGAUGAAGCACAUGCACAAGAACAAAACCAAGGCAUCUGAGUUCUCCCCAACUCCUCUAAAGCCCACUUUUACCUGUUUCCCACACACCACAAAGGCUUGGACUAAGGGGUUGAAAGCUGCCUCUAAACAUUUCAAGAAAAAGAAGAAGAAAGAUCCCACGGCCCAUGUGAAGCUCUCCAACAAUUUGAGAGAUGCGAAUAUUUCAAGAUGAUUAUUCAAAUGGAAAUUUCUCUCUGUUUUUCUUUUUGGUCAAUUCAUUCAAAUCUGUAUUGCCCUUACAGCAAGCAGGUACACCGUACAAUACUAUCAUGUUAUUCAAAAAGUGUUAAACUUUUAUUAAUUCUUGUAAUGCAUAAUAUUUCAAGGCCUUUCAUUCCUAUUAUGAAGAGGAGAAUGGAAACUAAAUAAAAAGAUUGAAAUAGUAACGGCUAGUUGGGGUUGCGUGGGAUGAAAGUAUUUCCUCUGAGUCGGUGAUAACAAAACAGAGAGUGAGAGUCUCUCGGUCUCCGUAUGGGAGUCGGAGAGUGAUGUAUAUAUAUAUAUCCCACUUAGGCAAGAAAAAACUAAACGUAAAAAUACUUUCUCUUGAAGAUUUCAGUACGCAAAAAUACUCUCUCUUGAAGAUUUCAGUAGUCAUGGCCAUGGCUAUGCUUUUGGGUUUAGAUGCAAGAACUCGUGUGGCUAUGGGGUUAGACGCUAACCCUCGUAUGGGUUUGAAGAGGACUCUCUCUUCUGUUUCUGCUUCUGCUUCUGGGUUUCCUUCAAAGCAGCAAGAUGAUGGCGACAAGAAGGAAGCGAUCUCAACGUUGUCUUCUGCUAGUAAUAUUGCCGAGAAUGGUGAAAAGAAAGAGAGGAUUGUGGUCAAGAUUAAUUUGGCUGCAUGGCGGAAAAGGAAAGCCCAAAAGGAGGAAGAGGAGAAGAGGAAGUCAUUGGAGUUGAAACUUGAAGCAUCAAAAAGAAAGCUACAACUUGGAUACCAACAAGUUCAAAAGGCCAAAAGAAAGAUUCAGUUGGUGGAUUUGAGAGACAUCCCUAAGCCUAAGCCAGAGGUUAAUCUUUCCAAGAAAUCCAAGUUCCAUCACCGACAUUGAUGAUCUACAUGUUUGAUGAUGA